AUGCCGUCUUUGGAGCACUGUAUUUCAAUCAAUCCGACCACUUUUUGCCGCUCCUUCGAUUUUUUCAAGUGCUUUCUUAUGGAUUAUCUUCUUAUACUUUUUUUAAAUAUAUACUCCUUAUACUCCCAAAAAAACCUAAAAUUGAAAAAAAAUAGAAGAGACGCUGAGAAACGAGAGUAUCUAGCUGUCUGCACCCUCCCCUCCCUCGGGCCGGGAGAAAUUUUUUUGGAUUUUUUUCCGAAAAAAUCUGAAAUUCUGAAAUUUCAGCCAAAAAAAAUCAAUUUGUCUGAAAUUUUCCAGGCAAACUGCUGCAUUUGGUUCAGCCUUCUGUCCAAACGUCUUCACUCGAUUCACCCGUCAUUUUGUGUCAUUUUUCUAGUACUUUUGGUGCUCAAAGCAGUCCAAUUUUUGAUUUUGGCAUUCGAGUCGACAGUCGAUGCAGGCGUCAUCGCCGAGCUAAUACUACUCAUGGCUGAAACUGCACUGUUGUCAAAAUCGACAAAACGGCUUGGAGAGAAUGAAGAAAAGUCCAAAUUGACGCCAGAAGAGAAGAGCUCGUUUGUUUCUCGAAUCUUCUUUUGGUGGCUUAACCCAUUAAUUAAAUCUGGCGCCAAAAAUCCGUUGACCAAUGAGAAUUUGCAUAAUUUGAAUCAAAAUGCCACGUCAGAAUGGUUAUACACACGAUGGAGGGACGAGUUCCGGAAGGAGAAGGAAAGUAGGUCGAAAAGGGGCGGAGCUUGGGUUUUCCUAGUUGAAAAUAAAAUUUUUAAACUUAGCAGGUUGAGAGGAAAUUUUGAAAAUUCUCCAAGUUAUGAGCAAAACUAA